GAUGUGGAGGAGCUGGGGGAACCAGAUGUGGAGUUGGAGGACUGUAGCACCAAGAGGCUUUAUAAGGAAACAAAGUUGUUGCUCAACAAGAAAAUGUGGUAUUCUGGUAAUAGUGGAGCUGAGCAUGAACUAUGUGAAGCGGAAUCCUCCGGCUUCCUCCCUGCUUAUCCAGUCUGUGUGCCACAAGAGAGAUGGGGAAUAAAAGGAGGAGAAUAUGAGAGAGAACAGGACAUCCAAAACAAGUUGUUGCGUUCAUGUUGCACAGCAGAGGGCAGCAUUGAUUUGGUGAGUCCAAGCUCCAUGUUGGAGCACUGGGUGUAUCUAGAUAACCAGCACAACACAGCAGACGGUCCUGUUACCACAACCAUCACCCCUCCUGCCACUCCAGUAACCCACAUGCCUUAUCCAUUUAUCCCUGUUCCUAGUUCAGUGACAGCUUCUGCUAUGAGUGCUGUUGUUGAUCCCAUGAUAUAUAGCCCCAUGACUCACACCUGCAGUCCCAUUAGUUCUAUGUGCAGUCCCACUGAUUCAGCCUGGGACACUCUCAGAUCCACAUACAGGAGUCCUAGCUGCUGUGACCUGGAUCCUGUCAGUGCUGCAGCUCACCUACAUCUGUUGGGGGAAUCCUUGUCCCUGAUUGGAAGCCAUCUUCAGGAGACAAAUAAAGUGGUGAAUCUGUCGAGUAGCUCGUCUCUGCUCUUGGACUCUCUGCUCUGUGCCCUGGCUCCUCUAAUCUGCCUCACUGAAGUGAUACCAGAGCUGAGGAGCUGCACACAACACACACUGGCCUCCACUCUGGAGAACAUUGCCUAUGUGAUGCCCGGGUUGUAACUGAUGACGAAGACCCCUCUAGCAGUACACAGCGCAUUCUGAUAUGCUGAAAGACACUAUAGGUUAGUUUACACUUGGAAAAUACGAAUAAUAUUUAUUUUAUUCUGGAAGAAUAUUUGUUUGAACUAUAACUUUAUUUUUGCUUAUUUAAGUUUAUUUUAAUAUGUCAAUUGUUUUUGGUUGUUUAGUUAGAAGAUAUGAAUGAAGAUUGAAUAAUGUAUUUUUCUUUACCGACCAGACACCUUCAGUCUGUGUCACUGGACACAUUAAAAGUUUCAAUUAAAA